AAUCGGUCCAGGCUAGUGAACAAAUCUAUAAAAAAAUAUCCAGUGAUGUGCUAAGUGCCAAGGAUGAGUUUGAUUCAGGAUAGUCAGAGAAUGCUACCCUACAGUCCACAGCAGCAGCAGCAUCAUCAAUCUGGCCAGUCUCAAUCGGAAGUUAGUUACUUUCAGCAGUUUUUGUAUCCACAAAGUUCAAUCGCUCCAAUUCCGGGAAUUCUGAGUGGCGGCGAGUUUCAGAUUCCACUGGAUUUGUCCCUCCGACAAGGGAAUGUGCCAAUGACUCCGCCUUCAACUCCGUCUCCCCCUCGCAAAAGAAAUCGCACUUUAGACGAGGAUGAAUGGAAACUCAAAUUGGUCAACAAUAGUCUACAGCGAUCCAUGAACCAGUUCUCCGAUACCGUUUGCAUUGACGACAAGAAAUAUUACGCCAAUACUACCCUAACCUCCUCGUCCGUGUCUCACUUUCGCUACUUCGACGACUCCGCUCGUCUGCCACCGUUUAAGUCCCUCCAACAAAUUCCCUCUACUUCCACAACGAACGUCAAACCUCCAGAAGAGUUCAUCGACAUCACCGGUCAGGAGGAUUCAGCUUCCGCAUCCCGUCAUUCACCAUCCUCGAACAUAGACGUCGAAUCUCUGGAAAACAACGAAGGCAUGGACGGUGUCGACAUCGAAGACGACGACGAUGACGAUGACAGCCAGGAGUCGAUCAACAUCGUAGACAGCGAGGAAAAGGAAAACAGCGAAGCUGUUCUCGUCGACGGUCAACGCUACUUCGAGAAUGAGAAACUGCAUCUUCAGGCUAUCGAAGGAUUUGCACGGCUUUUUGAGCAAAGCUUCGUUGACUACGAUAGAUCUUCACCUCAGAAAGCUCAACCGGCCGGAAGAACUUACCCGCAUCAUCGUCCCAAAUCGGAGCGACGGCGAAUCAAAACGCGGAAGCAAAUAGUUGACGAGGACAACACGAGCCCCGUAUCGGGGACAAUCAUCCGCAAGCUUCAGGACGGGGAGGAACUGGUGGUACGCAAGGGAGACAUUGAUCCGGCGUUCAAUGUGGUGGAAAUAACGGACGAAGCCAAAGAGAUCCUGUCGAAGAUCGAGAACAAAAUCGGGUCGUAUUUGUGUCAGUUGUGCCGGGCGCUGUACGACGAUGCGUUCGGACUGGCCCAGCAUCGGUGUUCGCGGAUUGUGCACAUCGAGUACCGUUGUUCGGAGUGUGAUAAAGUGUUCAAUUGUCCGGCGAAUUUGGCGUCGCACAAGCGAUGGCACAAGCCACGCGGUGGUAGUGGGGGAGCAGUGGAAGGGAAGAAAAAGGGAAGUGGAAUACCGGCUGGGGAGGGAAGUGAUAAGACAAGGGAUGACGAGUGCAUAGAGAUUACGGAUAAUGAUGGUGUGAGUGUUGAACGAGGAAGACCGGCAGAAGGAUCAGAAGAAAGUUUCGGAUGCAAUCAAUGUGGGAAAAGUUUUAGACGUCAAAGUUACCUGAAAAAGCACCUCCAAUCACACCAAACAAUACACAGCCGGCAUGAUGGUUCCAAUUCCGGUCUGAUGAAUGCUACGAUGGCUCAACAGAAUGCAGCCACAGCAGCUGCCAUCUUUUGCGGCCAAACAGGAUCCCAUGCGGCAGUGUCCGGUGCUUCGGUCCCAGCGAACCACGCCAUUCCGGGCACAUUUCCCCGGGCUGGGAUUUUCCCGUUCGCUGCUGCAGCCGCCGCCUAUGGCUGCCACACCAAUGGGAACUACUCAGAGCUGGAGAAGCGACGCUGGCAGUCGCUUAGCGAACUCUAUCUUCAGCAACGUGAACGCCUGUCUGCCUUCCAAUACGUCCGACACCAUCAGUACGAAGAUUAUCUGAAAAGCUUUCAACCGUUUCACUUUGGACGGGACAAAACCUGACAGAACGUUCUGCGACCAGUUCCGCGUCUAGCGGCGCCCAUCUGGUCGCAAUCCACUACGACAACGGCGGUCCCUACGACUACUGAGCAGCCUCCAACAGUGAAGCAAACGUAUGGACACCAGUCCAGUUCGGCGACAUCCGAAACAGUUACACCAACGGCCGCGGCUCGAAUCGUUGAUCACGUGAAUCACCGAGGCUGUGAGCAGCGCCUGGAAUGAACGAAUGGGUAAUGGAGUGGAUUCUCAGACAAAACUCUUUUUGAUCAAAAGAUAUUCAAACCAAUGCCAGAUAUUAGCUGAUAAGGAAACUCUGUGAAGCGCUAAGAUUAUUAUACUGUUCGAUACCAUCCCUCACUAGUUGUUCCGAAUAAUAAACGAAUUAGACGCUCUUUUGAACCAAAGUGCGAUUGUUUAGGAAUUUCCCUUAGGAGUGAAUCCCUUUUAGAAGGUAGCAAUUCGUUUUAUUCCCCUCUUGUUUCAUUCACCAAAAACAAAGGGAAAGUCCCCCGAUAUAGAAUAUGUUGCGUAGAUAUUAGACCGUUAGACGUUUAGUGGAACGAAGUCGUUCGUAUAUUGCAGAAGAAUACACAUCGGAAUCGCAUAAGAACAAGAAAGUAGGAAUCGUGGUUUGUACUGGACGAAUCAUUCUUUAGGCAAUAGCAAUAUAAUCAGUU